AGGAAUCUGCCAAGAAAAAAGCCAGCUUCACCGACCUCGUACGAAGCCGAAGAAUGCUGCUCUAUACCAUUGUACUCGUUUACGCCUCGGCAGCUGGUGGAGUCACUUUCUAUGGCCUUCAGCUGUCGGUUACGAGCCUGGGCGGCGACCCGUACCUGACUUUCGUUCUUGCUGCGCUUGUGGAGAUACCAGCGGUGCUCGUCUGCUAUGCGGCCGUGCGCUGGCUUCCAAGGCGUUCAACAAUGCUAGCUGUGUACGCCGGCACAGCACUCUGCACUUUUGCAGUGUGCUUGCUUUCGCUAGAUUGGGUGGUGUUACGCCAGGUGAGCGGAAUCGCGGGCAAGAUGCUGGCAUCCGUGUCGCUGGCCCUGCUGUGGAUUUUUGCUGCCGAAAUAUUACCAACUGUGUUCCGAACAUUUGGAGUAAGUGCCUGCUUGGUCGGCACACGCGUUGGCUCCUCGAGCGCACCGUUGCUACUUGAGCUGCGAACGUACACCAGUGACUGUGUGCCUAUGGGUAUCCUUGUCGGUUUCGCUACACUUGCUUCCGUGCUGAUGCUGCUGUUGCCAGAAACUUUCAGGGUGGCACUUCCUGACACGAUACUCGAAUCCAUAGACCUGGGAAACUCGAAGAGGGCUCCAGGCACCUACUUGUCUAGGAUCGUCAAGUAG